GACCCCCCAAAGCACAGGGCCUGGGGCCCAAACAUUGGUGGAGCUGGGCCCAGCUUUAGGAUUAUUGGUGGGGCCUGGGCUCCACGGGCCCAUAGAACUCGCCGCCCAUCCUGCAGGCUCAUCCUCACAGGGGGCUGCCUCAGUGACCCUCCCCACCAGCACAUGGGCUGAUUGCAGGACCGGAUCCCUAGUGAUACAUUUUUACACUAAAGCCUCAGAGAUGAAAUUGUUUGGGUCCUUCCUGCUCUGCAAACAGCCUGAGCCAUUCUCAGGCAAGGAAACACCCCCUUGCUGCCGCAGGCGGGGCAGAGUGUGAAUUCAGGAAUUUGAAACUUACCCUGUUUACUGCCAGAGGGAGCCAUGGCUGCAGAGAGCCCCGUGGAAAGUCUCCAGGAGGAAGCUACAUGUCCCGUCUGUCUGGAGUAUUUCACAGAACCUGUCAGUCUGGAGUGUGGGCACAAUUUCUGCCGAGCCUGCAUCAGCCAGUGUUGGGAGGGAUCCGAUACAGCCGCCUCCUGCCCUCAGUGCAGAGAAACUGUGCAACAGGGAAACCUCAGGCCCAACAGGCAGCUGGCAAAUGUCGUAGAAAUCGCCAAGCGGUUGAGCUUACAGGCAGCAAAGGGAACAGGAGGGGACGGGGUGUGUGGGGAACACCAGGAGGCUCUGAAACUGUUCUGUGAGGAAGUUCAAACCCCCAUCUGUGUGAUCUGCAGAGAGUCCCGGGCUCACCGCGCUCACACGGUGGUUCCCAUCCAGGAGGCUGCCCAGGAGUACAAGGAAAGAAUCCAGGCCCAUUUGAAGACUCUGAGGGAAGAGAGAGAAAAGCUGCUGGGAUUGAAAGCGAUUGGAGAGGGGAAUAGCCAGGAGUAUCUGAAACAAACACAAACCGAGAGGCAGAAGAUUGUGUCCGAAUUUCAGGAACUGCGGGAGUUCCUGGAGGAACAAGAGCGACUCCUGCUGGCCCAGCUGGAGAAGCUGGAUGAGGAGAUUGUGAGGAUCCAGAAUGAAAAUGUCAGUAAACUCUCCGAGCAGAUUUCCUAUCUCAGUGAGUUGAUCAGUGAGAUGGAGGGGAAGUGUCAGAAGCCAGCAAGUGAAUUCCUGCAGGAUAUUAGAAGGACCUUGAGCAGGUGUGAGAAGGGGAAGUUCCAGCAGCCAGAGGAGAUUUCUCCUGAACUGGAAGAGCGAGUCAGUGAUUUCUCCCAGAAAACGAUUGUGCUACUGGAGACUCUGGGGAAGUUCAAAGACACUCUGCCGUCUGCACUAGAGAUGAAAAGAGGAGGAUCCCUAGGAACAUUCAGACAGGUGAAUGUGACUCUGGAUCCAGACACGGCUCAUCCCGACCUCGUCCUGUCUGAGGAUCGGAAACGUUUGAGAUUGGGAGACACACAGCAGCAACUGCCCAACAACCCUGAGAGAUUUGACCCUUGGCCCUGUGUGCUGGGCUGUGAGGGAUUCACCUCGGGGAGACAUUGCUGGGAGGUGGAGGUGGAGGUGGGGGAUGGGCGAUGCUGGGCUGUGGGGGUGGCCAGAGAGUCUGUGGGGAGGAAGGGAGAGAUCAGCACUAGCCCUGAGGGGGGGAUCUGGGCUGUGAGGCGCUUGGGGAAUCGGUUCCGGGCUCUCACCUCCCCUGUGACCCGCCUGCCCCUGAGCCGGGCCCCCAGCAGGAUCCGGGUUUGUCUGGACUGUGACCGGGGGCAGGUGACAUUUAUUGAUGCUGGUGACGAGGCCCCGAUCUUCACUUUCCCGCCGGGCUCCGUCCCUGGGGAGAGAAUCCGACCCUGGUUCUGGGUGGGGCAGGGAUCCCGGCUCAGACUGUGUCCCUGAGACACACCGCAGAGAAGGGAACCGGAAAUCAGCCUCUCUACCCUCAGGGACCCCAGUCUCUAUGACCGUGGAGGACUCUUGUCUACCCAGAACCUGGCUCCUUAUCUCUAUGACCUGUGGAAGCCCCUCCCCUCCCCUGCUAGUGUGACCAGAUGCCCAGAUUUUAUGGGAACAGUCCUGAUUUUUAGGUCUUUUUCUUAUAUAGGCUCCUAUUACCUCCCACCCUCUCCCCCCUCCCCCCCCGAUUUUUCACACUUGCUGUCUGGUCACCCUAUUCCCUGCAUUCCCAAGGAUGGGUCCAGGAGGAGGGAAGAACCCCUGGGGCUGCAGGAGGGGCAGAGGGGCCCUGAAGGGGAUGGGGAUGGGAAGGAGGCAGAACUAACAGCCAGACUGGGGACAGGUGCAGGUGGAGGUGACAGGACACAGCGUGAAUCAAUCAGGGUUUGGGGGGUUGGGGAGAAGCAGCAGUAGGGAGGGGUUUGUACAGAUCUGUGGGAUCAGAUCUCACGGGGGUCUCCCAGCCAGAGCUCCUGCCGCAGGGGCCCAAGUCACCAUCCCCUGUAACGACAGGACAGCUGGUAACCCUGUAACAGUCACAAAAGAGGCAGGGGGAUGGGGAGAUGGGUGCAUAUUGACAAAAAUAAUGAUAUAACCUUAAAAAAAUCAUCAUUGUGUGAGUCUAAUGAUUUUUUUUUAACUCCUGAGGUUGGCAGCACUGGGAGAGUCAGGGACAGGGUGGCAUUAACAAGAGGGAAUUAGAAGAAGCAAGAAGAAAAAUGUAAAUUUAAAUCAAACAAGAAUAAAUAGAGAGUCUAUGAGAAAUGGUGGAGAACAGAAAUGAGAAGAGUGACAAGAAAAUAUCCCUGACAGGGGAACAAGCCGGGGGCAGCAGGAGGGGAAGGGAUAAAAUCAGGGGAAAGAAGGGAGUGGCCAUAGGGGAUGAUGUGUGACAGGGAAGGAAGGAGAGUGGGAGAGACACAGGAAAAUAAACAGGGAUCAGAAGUGAGGGUUAGAAAAACGAGUAGAAAAGAACAGUAUGAAAGGAAAGGGAACAUGACAGGGACAGAGAUUUAUUACAAGUUCCUGAAAGCGACACUGUAACUCAUUAAUUCCCUAUAUUAAUUUCUGGACGACUGUCCUGUUGUGCCAUUAAGAAAACUGUUCUCAGUGGUU